UGAAGGUCCCGAGCUGCUAUCUCAGAUUCUCCAGUGGCCUGGGAAGCUUAGGGCCAACACGGUCGGCAUACGGCUGCUGGACGUCCUAGAGCUCAGGUAAAAUACAAUGUUUAUUUGUUUGUUAUAUUCGAUGUUUCCUGUAUAACUGUGUGCAGUGACGGAUCCAGGGGUACAAUUUUAAUUUCAAAAUUGUAAUGUCCGAAAUUGUAAUGUCUAAAAUUGUAAUGUUUUCAAUUGUAAAGUCGUGUUAAGUUUCCUAAAAAACUGUUUAAAAAAGUGAGUAAUUUGUGUCUCAAACCGGUCUUUUUAAUUGCCUGCAUUUCUGAGUAAAAGUUGGGUACACAUACAAAACGACAUACGACUGAAACAGAAUGUACAGACAUACGACUGUGACAAGACUUACAAACAUGAAUUGUCAAAUGAUUAACGGGCAUGCAUUGUGACAGAACUAACUUGCAAGAAACGUCCUUGCAGGUCUGUCAGUAGAGAGAUGAAGAAAGCGAUGCUGUGGAUGAGAGACACCAUCAUCAACACAAACAUCGUCCGUUUCUAUGGACUGACCGACCUGGACGGGGACAGAUACGUCAUCGGGGACUACUGCAGCAAGGGGACAAUACUCGACGUCAUCCAGGUACCUGAAAUGUCUUACUGAACCUUAAAGGUUAAGACACGUUGUUAUGUAUUGUAGUACUUCAAUAUCACAGCACUUCAAUAUCACAGUACUUCAAUAUCACAGCACUUAAAUAUCACAUUACUUUAAUUUCACAGUACUUCAAUAUCACAGUACUUGAAUAUCACAGCACUUUAAUAUCACAGUACUGAUCUAUUGCCUUACUGAUAUCUGCAGUACGGAUCUAUCACAGUACUGUUAUAUUUAAGUAAGGAUCUAUCAGGGUACUGCUCUAUCAUAGUACUGCUCUAUUACUUUAACACAGUAAUGUUAUAUCAUAGUGCUGUUAUAUCAUUCCACUUUUAUAUCAAGUCAUUGCUUUAUCGUAGUACUGUUAUAUCACAGUGCUGAUCUGUCAUGGCAUCGCUAUAUUAAUAAUAUUGUUUUAUUAUAGUACUGAUGUAUCAUAACAGUGUUAUUUCAUUGCCUUUCCCGAUCGACCCUAUGCUUUAUUAUUGUACCAUUAACUCAUAGGCAUAGUAUUUCACAUUAGUAUCUCAUAGCGCUUUUAUAUCGUACUACUGCUAGAUCAAGACACUGUUAUAACACGGCACUGUCAUAUCAUGACUUUGUCAUAUCAUGGCACUGUCAUAUCAUGGCAUGGUCAUAUCAUGGCACUGAUCACUAGCUGUUUGCUUGUUAAUGUGUUGAAAUAUUUAGUUGAAGUUUUUAUCUUAUGGCCAACUUUAUCAAAGUUCAAAUCUGUGCCAUGAUCUGUCCUUGUUUGAACUGACCCAUUUUCAGAUGAUAAUUGGGGCGAUAUCUUCAGUUAUAAAUUGGGAGGAGGACAUUGGCAUUCUAAAAAUUUUAAUGACAGAUAUUCUAUUGACUGAUUUUUCUCUAAUCUGUCUGGUAUGAUAGAAAGAAGAAAACUUGUAGUAUUGUUACGGAAGAUCUUAAAAUAACUUGAAGUAUUGUAAUGGAAGAUCUUAUAAUAACUUGAAGUAUUGUAACAAAAGAUCUCAUAAUAACUUGUAGUAUUGUAAAUGAAGAGCUUAUACUAACUUGUAGUAUUGUAACGGAAGAUCUUAUAACAACUUGUAGCAUUGUAACGGAAGAUCUUAUAACAACUUGUUGCAUUGUAACGGAAGAUCUUACAAUAACUUGUAGCAUUGUAACGGAAGAUUUUAUAAUAACUUGUAGCAUUGUAACGGAAGAUUUUAUAAUAACUUGUAGCAUUGUAACGGAAGAUUUUUUAAUAACUUGUAGCAUUGCAACGGAAGAUCUUACGGAAACAAAAGAUUCUUGUAUACUAUCAUUUUCUUUGUUAAUUUUUUUUUUUUAAACUUAGAACUUGAAAGAAUAAUGGUAACAUAUUUUGCUAUAUAAUGGUACUAUGUUGAAAUUCAUCGAAAUAUCUGAACUAGCAAAAGUACCCGCAUUUCUCGAGUUUGUAUUUGAAAACAAAUUCUAAAGUAUUAUCUGCGUAUGUGUAAUUUUAUUGCCUUUUUCAAUAUACUUUACUAACAUACAAAAAAAAAUGUAAAAAAAUAAAUGUCAUAUUAAAUAAAUAUUUAAAUUGGGACCAUCUCAUUGCAGUUAGUACAAAAAUAGCCAAAAAGCCAUGAUUUAUCUAUAAAUAUAACAUGAUGCCAUGUUAAAAUUGUAUUCACUUAUGCCAAAAAAAAAAUAUCAGAUAAAUUUUCAAGUAAUCUGUUCAAAACUAUUUCAUUAAAAUGGGAAGGAAUUUCGAAGAUUUUGUCUUUUAAUUGUUUAGUUUUGAGGGCCACAGACGUUUGGUGCGUACUAUUUUCUGUUUUUCUGAACAAUUUGGUACAAUAAAUAUGCUCUGUAAAAGCUGGUGGGUCAUUCGAAGAAGAAUAACUUAAGGGACUUUAGAAAAUGUGUGGUUGUGCGCCUUUUUUUUGUGGGGGGGGGGUAGUGGUGGUUUGGGGGGGGGGACUAACUGGGAUUCUUAUAAAGUGCGUUACUUGUUUGUAUGUAUUUUCAAAGAUGUUCAACCCAAACCCAUUGCUCGAUGUUACAUUUUAUAAAGGGCUUAUACGCAUAACUUUGCUUCUAGGAGUUGUUGAUUAAUAAUGAAGUUACAAGUCUUCUCGGUGGCCCGCACCAAGAGUUUUACCAACAAGACAUACAACUUACGAGCUAGGAGAGAAUUUGUUUCUCUUUUUUGCAUUUUUUAGAUUAUUAAUUUGCUCAUACGUUUUUUCGGACGUUCAUCUGACUUUAAGGGAUAUUGUCUGAUGUGAUAGGAUAUUUUUUUUCUGAUUUGAUAGGAUAUGUGUCUGAUCUAAUAGGAUAUUUGUCUGAUCUGAUAGGAUAUUUGUCUGAUCUGAUAGGCUAUUUGUCUGAUUUGAUAGAAUAUUUGUCUGAUUUGAUAGAUAUUUGUCUGAUUUGAUGAGAUAUUUGUCUGAUCUGAUAUAUUUGUCUGAUUUUAUAGAAUAUUUGAUUUGAUAGAAUAUUUGUCUGAUUUGGUAGGAUAUUUGUCUGAUUUGAUAGGAUAUUUGUCUGAUUUGAUUGGAUAUGUGUCUAAUCUGAUUGGAUAUUUGUCUGAUUUGAUAGGAUAUUUGUCUGAUUUGAUAGGAUAUUUGUCUGAUUUGAUAGGAUGUUUGUCUGAUUUUAUAGAAUAUUUGAUUUGAUAGAAUAUUUGUCUGAUUUGAUAGGAUAUGUGUCUGAUUUGAUUGGAUAUGUGUCUAAUCUGAUAGGAUAUUUGUCUGAUUUGAUAGGAUAUUUGUCUGAUUUGAUAGGAUAUUUGUCUGAUCUGAUAAGAUAUUUGUCUGAUUUGAUAGGAUAUUUGUCUGAUUUGAUUGGAUGUGUGUCUAAUCUGAUAGGAUAUUUGUCUGAUUUGAUAGGAUAUUUGUCUGAUCUGAUAGAAUAUUUGUCUGAUUUUAUAGAAUAUUUGAUUUGAUUUGAUAGAAUAUUUGUCUGAUUUUAUAGAAUAUUUGAUUUGAUAGAAUAUUUGUUUGAUUUGAUAGAAUAUUUGUCUGAUUUUAUAGGAUAUUUGUCUGUUUUGAUAUAAUAUGUGUCUGAUUUGAUAGAAUAUUGGUCUGAUUUGAUAGAAUAUUUGUCUGAACUGAUAGGAUAUUUGUCUGAUCUGAUAGGAUAUUUGUCUGAUUUUAUAGAAUAUUUGAUUUGAUAGAAUAUUUGUCUGAUUUGAUAGGAUAUUUGUCUGUUUUGAUAUAAUAUGUGUCUGAUUUGAUAGAAUAUUGGUCUGAUUUGAUAGAAUAUUUGUCUGAACUGAUAGGAUAUUUGUCUGAUCUGAUAGGAUAUUUGUCUGAUUUGAUAGAUUUAAUGUCUAACAUUAAAUUAUGAAACAUCCUUAGCAUCUGUAAUUAAACAAUGAUGUCUCCCUAUUUGUGUGACGUUAAACAAUGAUGUCUCCCUAUUUGUGUGACGUUAAACAAUGAUGUCUCCCUAUUUGUGUGACGUUAAACAAUGAUGUCUCCCUAUUUGUGUGACGUUAAACAAUGAUUUCUCCCUAUUUGUGUGACGUUAAACAAUGAUGUCUCCCUAUUUGUGUGACGUUAAACAAUGAUGUCUCCCUAUUUGUGUGACGUUAAACAAUGAUGCCUCCCCCAGAAUGGUAAAUAUAACUUAACCAACGACUUCAAACUGUCCCUGGCUGUUGAGAUAGCCUCGGGAAUGGCCUUCCUGCAUGUCAAUGGUGUUGUCCACGGCAUGCUGACCUCUUACUGCUGUUUGCUGGACAACAGGUGGACAGUCAAGGUAGGUAACUAGGCCGGUUAGUAUACUCAUCAUGAAUGGGGAAAACGUUUGACUUGGAAUUAAUCUAUUUGAAUUAUAAGACAUUCCGUGAAUACUCUAUUUAAAAUAAAAGGCACACCAUGAAUGUAUUUGUAAAUUGAAAGAAACUCAAUGAAUACAAUUUUACAUAAAUUAUCAAAAGAAAAUACAAUUAUUAUUGAAAUUAGCAUGACUUAAACUUGAUCAAAUGACUCGUCAAAUUACUUGAUCAAAUGACUCGUCAAAUUACUUAAUCAAAAGACCAUAAUUGAAACUGCGCCGAAGCUGUGGGAAUGGAAUAGUAGAAGAUAUGAGGAAGCUUGAAUCUAGCUUGAAUCUAGCUUGAAUCUAGCUUGAAUCUAGCUUGAAUCUAGCUUGAAUCUAGCUUGAAUCUAGCUUGAAUCUAGCUUGAAUCUAGCUUGAAUCUAGCUUUAAUCUAGCUUGAAUCUAGCUUGAAUCUAAAGACAGGACAAUAAGAUGUCAACGUUUCGGCUUAAAGCCUUCUUCGGCAAACAGGACAAUUGAAAAUACGACAAGUAACAUAGGACAGUAAUGGACAAACACGAACAACUUAGGGACAGAAAUGAAGAAAACCUUUUAGGAAAUGGCACCAUGAAUUAUCUGAUGACAUUGUUUUGUACGUGGCAGAAUUUCGGAAACUUUGGGCUAACAUUUGAGAACCAUUGUGAAAUAAAUCUUCAGUCUACUAUACAAAAUUACUAUACUUUACGACACCGUUUACUUCUAGGUUGGACUUUAUAAAAUUAAAAACUGUAUAAGAAACAAGAAACAUUAUGUCCCUAAGACAAACAAGGGCUCUGAAACACAUUUCAUUUCAAUAAAUGUCAAGCUUAUGUAUGUUAAAAACUUGACAUAUAGUGACAUAUUUCAUAUGUAUUAGUUGUCGCCCUGGUUUUUGAUAAUGGCACCAACUCGUUAUCCCAUUGGUCUUUUCAUUAAAACAGUAGAAGUAGUUGAAGCCUGAAUAUAAAGACUGGGCAAGAAGAUGUGAACGUCCAUGUCUUCUUCAUAUUUGUCCAUGUCUUCUUCAUAUUUGUCAAUGUCUUCUUCAUGUCUGUCCAUGUCUUGUUCAUAUUUGUCCAUGUCUUCUUCAUGUCUGUCCAUAUCUUGUACAUAUUUGUCCAUGUCUUCUUCAUGUCUGUCCAUGUCUUGUUCAUAUUUGUCCAUGUCUUCUUCAUGUCUGCCCAUGUCUUCUUCAUGUUUGUCCAUGUCUUUUCAUGUUUGUCCAUGCCUCCUUCGUGUGUUUCCUUGUCUUUUUCAUGUUAGUUGAUGUCUUUUUUAUGUUUGGCCAUGUCUUCUUCAUAUUUGCACAUGUGUUGUUCAUAUUUGCACAGAUCUCUGACUGGGAGUACGUCAAGUUGCUGUCCAUUCAUAACCCCAGGAGAAGUCCACUCCUGACGUUGAAGACCAAGUCUGUUUUGUCAGAAAAUCAAUAUGAAGCCAUUUUCAAGUAAGUUACCAGAAAUUUGAGACUCACUGUGCAGCAGAGGAACUGAAAUACCUAGUGGUGCAAUGGAAAUGGUCUUUUAACUGAGAUAUACUGUCAGUGUGUAUCUGUCAAUGUGUAUCUGUCAAUGUGUAUCUGUCAAUGUGUAUCUGUCAAUGUGUAUCUGUCAAUGUGAAACUGUCAAGUAUAUAUGAAGAGUCGAUUUUCAAAACACGGUAUCCGCCAUUUUGAAAAAAUGAGAUAACUGUACUUUCUUGUAGAGCAAACCAGGCUCCUUUAGGACAUGUUAAAGUUUAGCUACAAAACACAUUUUAAUCCUAUAUUGUUCUAUGUCUAAAAAUGAUUUUAUUUUCAAAACGCGGUGUGAAUUUAUUUUUUAUUAUCAAAAUGCCGUAUACAUUUUCGGACCAAUCCGUGAGCUUGGCAAGCUAUACUGCGGCAUUCUACGCGUGCGCACUAAACAUCACGACGCGAAACAACAACAACGGUGCAUAACGACGGCCUGGAUGAAAGAGUUGUUUGUACUAGAAAAUCUCGAAAAAGAAAGAAUAAAAUCUCAACAAGAGAAAAAGAAAAAAUAAUUUCUUCAUUCAAGCGGAGGAAAGAUCCCCACCGUCACGUGUGAUCACGAGAACUGGUUCUGCAAGGUGAGUUACCGGUGACUUUAUUAAAAAAACACUAAAUUUCAUUUUACAUUAUUAUUAUUAUUGUUACUACACAUCAGAAUUGUUAAGGAAAUGAAAAUAAAAAUUUGCUUUACAGAGUUAGCUGUGUUAUUUAGUAAACAUUCAAUAUUUUGCAUUCAGAUCCAACCAUUACAGAAGAAAGGGCGCUCAAGGAUUGAAAUAUUUGCCCUUGAUUUGAAUGUAAAUAAAAAGUAUCAACUUUUCCUGGAACAAAACCAAACAGCUAUUGAAGAUGAUGGACACUCUGAAUCAGACACUUCAUUAUGUUCUAUUGUUUCGUUGUUCUAAACUCGAAUAAAAUGAUUUGUGAAUUGAACAUUAUCUUGUUUACUUUUGUUUAGAAUUCAGAUUUAUAAAAACAAAUGAUGCAAACGUAUAGCACUCUAAACAUGACACUAUUACAAGCGACUUCCCAGCAUUUAUAAUACUGUUCUGUUAAAAUAUAUCAAUAAAAACCAUUAAUCAUACACUAUUAUCUAAUGUCUAUGAUACAAUUUUAUUUUAUUUUGUUAUGUAAGUGGUUUGUUAUCUAUCAACAACUUGAAUUAUUUGCUACUGGGAAUAAUGUUAUGCUAUCAAAAUGGAUACGCAGCAUUUUGAAACGAAAUAAGAAAUUCAACCAAGUCAAUAAAUACAUUUUUAUUAACCUACAUUCCAAUUUUCAUCAUAAUCUAACUUAGAUUUUGAAUAUAUAUCUAAAUUAGCAUUUACUGUUCCGAAAAUUUGAGCCAUCAUUGUGUAGCAAAAAAAAAGUAGAUUAUCUCAGAACGCCAAAAAUGGAGAUACAGUAUUUUGAAAAUCGACUCUUCAUAUGUCAAUGUGUAUCUGUCAAUGUGUAACUGUCAACAUCCCUUGUCGACAUUUUCUGUAGUAUCCUUAAUAAUAAAAGGAUUUUUUUUUAAACUUUGCAUCCUUUAAACAUUUUUUUGUUUAUUUCUGCAUCUAUCAAAUGAUUAUUUUACCUGCGCAUCUAUCAAACAAUGUUUUUUACCUGUGCAUCUAUCAAUUGCAUUUACCUGUGCAUCUAUCAAACAAUGUUUUUUACCUGUGCAUCUAUCAAUUUCAUUUACCUCUGCAUCUAUCAAACAAUGUUUUUUACCUGUGCAUCUAUCAAUUUCAUUUAUCUCUGCAUCUAUCAAACAAUGUUUUUUACCUGUGCAUCUAUCAAUUUCAGUUACCUCUUCAUCUAUAAAACAAUGUUUUUUACCUGUGCAUCUAUCAAUUUCAUUUACCUGUGCAUCUAUCAAACAAUGUUUUUUACCUGUGCAUCUAUCAAUUUCAUUUACCUCUGCAUCUAUCAAAAUUUUUUUUUUUUUUAAAGUUAAAAUGCUGUUAUUUAUUUGUUAACCAAUUUAAAGAAAGAAAGAAACAUUGUGUACUUUUAAAAGUAAAGAUAUUCUUUAGAAAAUGUUUUGCAAAUCGAAUUAUUUCUGCCUCACUGAGUUCUCGCUUGCACUCAGUUUAGAAGCCAGCCAUGUGAUGCUAGAUGCUUCUGGUGGUUAAAUCAUUUUUUAAUCUUUAACGGAUUAAAAUAGAAAAACAAUUUGGUCACGAGAUUAAUUAGGAAAUCACGUCAGGAGAACGAUUUAAAAAAGAAAAGUUGCCAGCCCGUCUGAUUAAAAGGCAACCCGUCUGAUUAAAAGGCAACCCGUCUGAUUAAAAGGCAACCCGUCUGAUUAAAAGGCAACCCGUCUGAUUAAAAUGCAACCCGUCUGAUUAAAAGGCAACCAGUCUGAUUAAAAGGCAACCCGUCUGAUUAAAAGGCAACCCAUCUGAUUAAAAGGCAACCAGUCUGAUUAAAAGGCAACCAGUCUGAUUAAAAGGCAACCCGUCUGAUUAAAAGGCAACCAGUCUGAUUAAAAGGCAACCCGUCUGAUUAAAAAGCAACCCGUCUGAUUAAAAGGCAACCAGUCUGAUUAAAACGCAACCCGUCUGAUUAAAAAGCAACCCGUCUGAUUAAAAGGCAACCAGUCUGAUUAAAAGGCAACCCGUCUGAUUAAAAAGCAGCCCGUCUGAUUAAAAGGCAACCAGUCUGAUUAAAAAGCAGCCAGUCUGAUUAAAAAGCAGCCCGUCUGAUUAAAAGGCAACCAGUCUGAUUAAAAAGCAGCCAAGUCUGAUUAAAAGGCAACCAGUCUGAAUUUUUGAGCAACUGUCUUAUUUAUAGAGCAACCUGUCUGAUUUAUAGAGCAAUAUCUGACCAUUGCCAAUAUCUGACCAUUGUGUGAUGCCAAUGUCUGACCAAUGUAUGCUGCCUAUAUAAAACCAUUGUAUGCUGCACUUGACUAGCCAUAGUAUGCUGCCAUAUCUGACCUUUCUAUGCUGCCAAUAUCUGACCAUUGUAUGCGCCAAUAUCAAACCAUUGUAUGCGGCCAAUAUCUGACCAUUGUAUACUGCCAAUAUCUGAUCAUUGUAUGCGGUCAAUAUCUGACCUUUGUAAAAUAAGUGCAUUGCAGACACUCUCAUACUCUCCUCAUCAACAACGGUUACCAUCACCUAGUACCAUGUUCAAAGACAUUUUUCAUCACUGUCAAUCUUCUGUUACUGGGGAGGUGAGAUAAUUGUUAGAAAAUGAUCAAGUCUAUCAGCUAGCUGAGUUCACGGCGUUCAAUCGAUUUAGAAGAAAUGCUCAAAUGGUGUCAGGGAGAUUAGGGAGGUCUCAACCCGUUCAUUGUGGGUUAGCGCCAAACAAAGAGCUGAAGGAAGGAUGAAAGCAAGGAGGGAUCAAAGAAGGUGGGGUAAAGGGUAGAUGGAUAAAAUGAAUGAUUAAAUUAUUGAUUGACGCAUACAAUCAUUGAUGGAUAAAUGGAUUGCUGGAUUAAAUGAAUGAUUCGAUUAUUGAUUGACGCCACAAUUAUUGAAGGAUUAAAAGGAUUGCUGGAUUAAAUGAAUGAUUCAAUUAUUGAUGGACGCAUACAAUUUUUGAUGGAUGAAAGGAUUGCUGGAUUAAAUGAAUGAUUAAAUUAUUUAUUGACACAUACAAUUAUUGAUUGACACAUACAAUUAUUGAUUGACACAAACAAUUAUUGAUUGACACAUACAAUUAUUGAUGAAUAAAAGGAUUGAUGGAUUAAAUGAUUGGUGGAUAAAAGAAUGGGCGGAAUAAAAGAUUGGUGGACAAAAGGAUUUAUGGAUAAAAAGAUUGAUGGAUAAAAGGAUGGGUGGAGUAAAGGAUUGGUGGGAACAAGGAUAGUUGGAGUGAAAGAUUGGUAGUUAAAAUGACGAACGGAGUAACGGAUUGUUGGAUCAAGGAUGGGUGGAGCAAAGGAAUGUUGCAUAAAUGGAUUUAUGCAUAAAAGGAAGAGUCAUCAAGUGUAAUGCCAGGACCCAGCACUUGUGGUCGUGACGUCAUGUCUCCGUGCCUUCACUUGUGACCAGGACACCAUCUCAGUGAAAUCGAUUUCGAACUGUUUGUGAAGAGAGACCUGAAGAAAUGACAUGUGUAACGACGACCUUCUAAGAUAGUGGCAUCAUGUGACCAAUUGCGAAAGUAAUGGACACUCCAAACCUAAAGUAAACAGAAGCUGUUGACCAACUCAGGCAGUAUCAACAAACAAAAAUAUUCCAGAUCUCUUUUAUAUCUUCAAAUACAGUAGAUCUUAAUAGUUACUAAUUUCAUUUGUCAAAAGAUAAUAUUUCACUGUGGUGAGGAUUGUGUGGGGCAUGUGUGGGGCAUGCAAGUAUUGAGAUAAUAUUUCAUUGUGGUGAGCAAUGUGUGGGACAUUGAGAAAGAGCUUUGGUAACGUUGUGAUAUGUCUGUGUAACACAUGCUAUUUUAUUAUUGGUGUAGCAUGGUUCACUAAUACUUUGUUUGAUUGUCAUGGAUGCCGCUAUCACUUGAGUAAUAUAAUUAAUUCUCUCACUCCUCAAAUUUAACUGUCCUCUCACACCAUGAAUGAGGUGUCAACGUCCAUGAAUAAAAUUACACGGUACUUUAUCACACUCUAUAACCACAUUAAAUAAUAUGCCUUGCUAGGUGGACAUCCUGCAACAAUUUCAGGAUGCCAGCAUUAUACACUUAUACAAUAGUCCAUAUCCCAAUCUGAAUGACAAUACUACAAUACUUCAAUAAUUCACAUGAUAGAAAAUCAAACAGGUCAGCUCGCUGUCAGAAAAUGGUGUACUCUCUCGUUCAACUAAAGCGUUGGUGUACUCUCUCGUUCAACUAAAGCGUUGGUGUACUCUCUCGUUCAACUAAAGCGUUGGUGUACUCUCUCGUUCAACUAAAGCGUGCAGUUCAUUCUCUUCUCCUUUCUCGUGAAAUACGAGGUAUUACAACUCUGUGCUCAAAUUACUACGCCAUCCUGACAUAAUAGUGUCGUGUGCAAAAGUACAGCCAACUUGGUCUGUUACUGUCUGCAGUGGAGAAUCCCUUUGAAGGCAACCCUCUAGUGGAAUUCGUCUCAGUUUUCAAUGAAUGGCUAAGACCAGGCCCGCACAACUCAAAAUCUAAGGCGGGCCGUAAUACUUAAUAAAAAAACUUGUGCGGGCCAAGCCAACAUAGGACAGGGGGGGGGAAGCUAUUAAGAAUAUAAUAAGAAUAAAGAAUAUCUCGUAACUUCGCGGGGUGCUGGCGGGCCACAUGCGGCCCGCGGGCCGUAUGUUGUGCAGGCCUGGCUUAGCCAAAUAAUCAUGGCAUCUAAGAUUUGGGCUAUCUGGAAGUCUUGCUUCCUGUACUGGUGAACAUUAUCACAUGUUAACAUGGUUAACAAAAGUAGCCUUAAGUCUGCUACAGUCCAACGUCUCUUCAUGUUGGCCGUCGUUAAGCCUCUGCUUUGAAGUAUAAUAAUAAUAAUAAUAAUAAUAAUAAGAGGUCUUAUAUAGCGCGGUACCCCAGCCUAGGGCUGGGCUCACCGCGCUGUACAUAAAAAAUUUUAUCAAAAGAGACAUAAUCAUGACAUUAAAAUAAAAUACAUUUAUGAAAUAAAGAACAGCAAUGUAUAUUCACCCACCCCACCACAUAACUUUUACAAGGCAAACCCUGGACGGCAGCCAGCAAGAUCGUUUAUCGGUCAGUGGAGGGGAAUCUGUCAGGGUAGUAGAAUUUAAAAAGAUAUGUUUUGAGUGCAGUUUUGAAGACCUGGGUGGUUGGUAUAUUGCGUAUGUGUAGUGGCAAAGAAUUCCAUUGUUUGGGGGCGCAGAAAGAGAAAGAUCGUUCACCAUAUUUUAGUGUGUGUGUUGGGAACGGACAGAAUGCGCGUGUCUGCAGAGGAGCGAAGCUGUUGAAGGGGUGAAUAGACAGAAAGAAGUUCGGUUAGAUAGAAGGGCAGGAAUCCAAGAAAAAGUUGUGACAGAGAACAGACAACUUGUAGUCAAUGCGUGCCUGUAUAGGGAGCCCAUGAAGGGAAUGGAGUAGUGGAGUGACGUGAUCACGUUUUUUGCAUUUAAAACUAGCCUAGCAGCUGAGUCUUGAACUUUCUGCAGUUUUUCUAUGCAGUAUUUUGGUGAACCUGACAGAAGAGAGUUGCAAUAGUCAAGACGAGAGAGAACAAGAGCACAGACUAGAGUUUUUUUUGUAGCGCUAACUGUGAGGUAGUGACGUAUGGAGCUGAUCUGACGGAUAGUGGUGUAUGCUGAACGACAAAUGUGAGAAAUGUGUUUAUCGAGAGACAUGUUGUUAGAAAGAAUAUAACCAGAUUCCUAGCAGAGGGUGUAAACCGUACGUCAGAGUUACCUACUUGAAAUGAGGUAGGAAGAGUUGAGGUAGAGGAUGAUGUGUGAUUGUGGAUGAGGAGUGGUUCCGUUUUGUCAUCAUUAAGCUUCAACUUGUCCAACUGACUUCAAGAAUAUUCGCCCGGUUUAUAAAAUUCUAAAAUUCUUACGAGCAUUGUGUCACAGCAGCUUUUGCAUCAUUUUAGCAAUAAUGACUUGCUUGAUAAGUUUCAAUCUACAUAUCGACCUGGACACAGUUGUAAGACGGCACUGAUCCGUGUCAUGAAUGAUGUUCCUUGUAAUGCUGACCGCGGCGAUCUGACACUAUUGGUCCUGUUGGACCUCAGUGCUGCUUUUGAUGUGACUGACCAUGAGCUUUUUCUGUCAAGACUUGUGAAUGGGGAGGGCAUCUCUGGAACUGUCCUCUGCUGGUUUUCUGCUUACCUGACUGACAGGACUCAGUGUCUUGUAGUGAAUCAAGCAUAUGCCAUGCACACUUACAUGCAGUGUGCCAUAGGGAUUAGAGUUGGGACCUGUUCUGCUCUCCAUGGACACAAGGCAGAUUGCCAGAAUUAUUGAAACUCAUGGUAUCUGUAUGGAAGGCUCUGCACCUGAAUAUCUUAAAGAACUGAUUUCUUAACUCGUAUCCUUAAAUAAUCUGCCGUCUUCAACAUAGUCCUUUCUUAGAGUUUUCAGUGUGGACACGCACACAAAGAAUUCAUGCGGGGUGCGAUCGUUUGAAGCUAUGGCACCAAGAUAAUGAAAUAGUUUGCCUCAACCUUUGAUGAAAAUUUUAAUUAAUAAAAUAAUCAUUUUAGAACCAUUUAAAGACUUUUUAAAAAGAUUCAAGAACACCAGAGCGCUAUGAGCACACUCAAAUAGCAAGGACCCAGGCGAUAUAAAAGUAUUCAAUCAAUCAAUUGUGGUGAGAAAUGUGGAUGGCACUGUGGUGACGAGUGGUGUGUGGGGCAAUGUGGUGACGAGUGGGUGCAGCAAUGUGGUGACGAGUGGGUGGGGCACUGUGGUGACGAGUGGGUGGGGCAUUGUGUCGAUGAGUGGGUGGGGCAAUGUGGUGACGAGUGGGUGGGGCAAUGUGGUGACGAGUUGGUGGGGCAAUGUGGUGACGAGUGGGUGGGGCACUGUGGUGACGAGUGGGUGGGCCAUUGUGCCGACGAGUGGUAGUGGGUGGGGCAAUGUGGUGACGAGUUGGUGGGGCAAUGUGGUGACGAGUGGGUGGGGCACUGUGGUGACGAGUGGGUGGGACAUUGUGUCGAUGAGUGGGUGGGGCAAUGUGGUGACGAGUGGGUGGGGCACUGUGGUGACGAGUGGGUGGGGCAUUGUGUCGAUGAGUGGGUGGGGCAAUGUAGUGACGAUUUUUUGGAGCAUCAGACAUGGUUAUUGAGUUGCACUUUCUUUAAGCAGAGAUUUCUGGGCGGCCCCUGAGAUCCUGAAGUCAGAGUUCCUCGCAUGGCCAUCUCCAGCCAGCGAUGUCUACAGCUACGCCAUCAUUCUGCAGGAGCUCUUCACCAGAGAGGAUCCAUAUUUUGAACUGGCAGACCACAUGAGUCCAGAAGAGGUCGCUGAUGAUACUCAUGUCUUAGAUAUAUUUUAUACUUGCCUAUUUUUUAGAUAUCUUUCCCCCUGAUGAUAUUUUAGAUACUUAUACAAUCUUAUCUUGCAAAAUUAUUAUACCUGAUAAUUUGUUACACUUCAAAUAAGCUUAGGCUUCAGUACUAUUUACUGUAGUACUCUUGAAUGUAUUAUUGUUUUGUUUCCUGUGCUACUUUGUUUACUAACUAAUAUUUUUACUGCACUACAUUGUAGUUAUUAUGUUAAGCUAUAUGUUUGCCAGAUCUUGCACGCUAUCGUCCACAACCGACUGAGACCAGAGCCAAGCAGUGAAGCCCCGGUCACCAUCCGACAGAUCAUGGAGCUGGCCUGGUCGGACACACCUUCAGCACGACCUACAUUUGAACAGGUAAAUAUGACACUCUCGCCAAAACUGUUGGUCGGCUGACAAAGGGAGGGGGUGGGGGUUGUCUGAUGAACAAUUACAUGAAGACUUCAACACUUUUUUACACCAAUAACUGUCAACUACGGGGAAGUUCAGUUUGCUAUCCUGAAUGUGUAGGUGUAAGUAAUUCUAUGGCCUGGUCGCCGUGUAGGAACUAGGCGCAUAAUGUCAAAGAAAGACGUAGCUGUUUUUUAGUUGAUGGCUGUGGCAUCCGACUGCUUAGGACUCAGGUAUUUAAUUCUACGUGGAACAUUUCAAACUCCAGGUACAAAUGAAACAAGUACAAAUAAAACACCAGAUACAAAUGAAACACCUGUUACAAAUGAAACACUUGGUAUAAAUGAAACACCUGGUACAAAUUAAACACCUGGUACAAAUGAAACAAAAGUACAAAUAAAACACCUGGUACAAAUGAAACAAGUGAUACAAAUGAAACACUUGGUACAAAUGAAACACUAGGUACAAAUGAAACACCUCGUACAAAGAAACAACAGGUACAAAUGAAACACCUGAUGCAAAAGAAACAACAGUUACAAAUAAAACACCUGAUACAAAUGAAACACUUGUUACAAAUGAAACAACAAGUACAAAUAAAACACCUGGUACAAAUGAAACACUAGGUCCAAAUUAAACAACUUGUACAAAUGAAACACCUGGUACAAUGAAACACCUGGUACAAAUGAAACACUUGGCACAAAUGAAACACUUGUUACAAUGAAACACUUGGUAUAAAUGAAAUGCUAUUGGCACAUGUUUUAAAGGUAAAUCAAUUAUGAUAAUAAUUCCAAAAUUUGAAACAUUGUUACAUUAGCUUACAGCAUCCUCAAUAAGCCUUGGCUCUGUCACAAAAUGUUUAGUUGUGUCAAAAAAUUCUUGAAUCUAUCACACAACUAUUUUCUUUGUCACAAAACUAUUUGCCCUGUUCCGAAAUCCUUGGCUCGGUCAUAAAAUGCUUGACAUAAGGCACAGCCCCCCCCCCCAACAUAAAACUCCGCCCCCAGAACAUGGAACUCCGCCCCCCAACUGCUUGAGAUAUUGGCCAUUGCCAAUCAUUUACCAAACCGAUUAAUCAGACAGAUUUAAUGUACAGAAUGUUUCAUCUUCAUCAACAGAUAACGAAGAUGUUAAGGAGGAGUCGGACGGGGAGGAAAACGAUCAUGGACAACAUGAUGGAGGCGAUGGAGGACUACACAGCCCACCUGGAGGAGGAGAUGGAGGCAAAGGUAAGGGUGGGCGUGGUUGCAUGUACCAACAAUGGAGGACUACACGGCCCACCUGGAGGAGGAGAUGGGGGCAAAGGUUAGGGUGGGCGUGGUUGCAUGUACCAACAAUGGAGGACUACACGGCCCACCUGGAGGAGGAGAUGGGAGCAAAGGUAAAGGUGGGUGUGGUUGCAUGUACCAACAAUAGAGGACUACACGGCCCACCUGGAGGAGGAGAUGGAGGCAAAGGUAAAGGUGGGUGUGGUUGCAUGUACCAACAAUAGAGGACUACACGGCCCACCUGGAGGAGGAGAUGGGAGCAAAGGUAAAGGUGGGCGUGGCUGCAUGUACCAACAAUAGAGGACUACACGGCCCACCUGGAGGAGGAGAUGGGAGCAAAGGUAAAGGUGGGCGUGGCUGCAUGUACCAACAAUUUAAUCAGUUCCAUGGAAAUCGUGAUGGAAGUACUGGUAGAUGUGCGUAAUAGUGCUGACGUACAUUUGCCGAUGGUUUAUUGAUGUACGUUUGCUGAUGGUCUAUUCAUGUAUGUUUGCUGACGGUCUAUUCAUGUAUGUUUGCUGAUGGUCUAUUCAUGUACGUUUGCUGAUGGUCUAUUCAUGUAUGUUUGCUGAUGGUCUGUCUAUGGAUAUACAUUUUCUGAUGGUCUAUUGAUGCCCGUUUGCUGAUGGUCUAUUGAUGCCCGUUUGCUGAUGGUCUAUUGAUGCCCGUUUGCUGAUGGUCUAUUGAUGCCCGUUUGCUGAUGGUCUAUUGAUGCCCGUUUGCUGAUGGUCUAUUGAUGUCCGUUUGCUGAUGGUCUAUUGAUGUCCGUUUGCUAAUGGUUUAUUGCUGCAUAUUUGCUGAUGGUCUAUUGAUGCCCGUUUGCUGAUGGUCUAUUGAUGCCCGUUUGCUGAUGGUCUAUUGAUGUCCGCUUGCUGAUGGUCUAUUGAUGUCCGUUUGCAAAUGGUUUAUUGCUGCAUAUUUGCUGAUGGUCUAUUGAUGUAUACUUGCUGAAUGACCAAUUGAUGUUUUCCAAUUAUCCUAUUGUAGUGUGUCUGCGAAUGGAUAAUUAUUCUUUGUCUUAUGUUUGUUUGUCGUCUUAUGGUUGUUUGUCUGAUGUUUGUAUGAUGUUUGUAUGAUGUUUGUCUGAUGUUUGUCUGAUGUUUGUAUGAUGUCUGUCUGAUGUUUGUCUGAUGUUUGUAUGAUGUCUGUCUGAUGUUUGUAUGAUGUCUGUCUGAUGUUUGUAUGAUGUUUAUAUCCAUGUCUGUCUGAUGUUUGUAUGAUGUUUGUAUGACGUUUGUCUGAUGUUUGUCUGAUGUUUGUCCCAUCAUUGUUUGUCUGAAGUUUGUCCUAUGGCUGUUUGUAUGAUGUCUGUCCUAUUGUCGUAGGUGUUCUGAUGAUCUUAUCCUAUGCUGUAACAGGAGUCAACUAUCCUGUCCGUCAAGUCUGACCUUGACAACCUAAUGGCUGAAUUGGUCCCCGCCCCAUUCAUGACGUCAUUGCAGCAGGGUGAGAAGGUUGAGUCGCGGCUCUAUGCGGCGCUAGGGCUGGUCAUGAUGGAACUUGUGGAAGGCAGUGGAGCCUUGCAGGAGAACGGUGUGGAGCAGGCCUUCAAGUUUCUGGGGGCCUUGACGUCACAACUCUCACAAGUAGGUCAUCUAAGGUUCUUGUUCGUUGCUCAAGUUUAGUAUGUCAACAAUGGUUGAUCUUAUUGUAACCGCAAUAUUUUAUUUGAAAUAUGUGGCCAAUUUAGUCUCGGAAUCUUAGUGCAGUAGUGCAUGUAGCAUCCAUAGUGCUACCAGUGCCAGUAGUGCUGCCAGUGCCAGUAGUGCUACCAGUGCCAGUAGUGCUACCAGUGCCAGUACUGCUACCUGUGCCAGUAGUGCUCCCGGUGCGAUUAGUGCUACCAUUGCCAGUAAUGCUACCAGUGCCAAUAGUGCUACCAUAUCUCUUUGAUAGGUCCCAACGUUAUAUGUUAACUUUUGUUUAAGAAGUGUUCGUAUAUCUUUAUGGUGGGGGUGGGGGGGGUACUUUAAAAUUGGGAAGGUUUUUGAAAAGAUUUUAAUGAAACAAUUUUUACAGAUUAAUGUAACAAACAUAUAAAUCAUAUGUAACUGACUUGUGACAUUUGCGCAACAAGUCUUAUUUGUGAUCCAAUUCUUACAAACAAUUAAAGCUAAGAAAUCAUUAUGAGACAAUUUUAUCUCAUCGCUUUAAUGACAUGGCAGAGUGACAAGUCACAAAUUUACAUAUAUGUCCAAACUGGAACAAAGUAACUGGUAUGACAUCAUCUAACUUCAUUCUUUUCCAAUUACGAACUGAUCUAAGGUAGCAGCUCCGAUUCCAUGUAAAAUUUCUUAAAUAAAUCAUCAAUGCAUUGAUUCUUCAAAGGGCACAAAAUCCAUUCAAAUCAAUGUCUGUACUUCAUUCCUGUCUCUCUGCGCAUGACAUCAAAAUCCUCAUCUUAAGACAUCUAAAUGACGGAACAAUAAAAUAUAUAGAGAGCUGUUACAAUCACCUUCUUAUAAGACUAAAGUGUUUUGACAUUGCUCUUCGUCCUAAUGUAUGCAUCUCAAGCUGCGGUUCUCAACCUGUGGUUCGCGACCCCUUUGGGGGUCGAACGACCCUUUCCCCAGGGGUCGCAUAAGACCAUCGGAAAAUAAAUAUAUUAUAAAUGUAUAAUUUACUUUCGAAAAUUAUUUUUUUGGGGUGUUGCCACAACAUAAAGAACUUUAUUAAAGGGUCGUGGCAUUAGGAAGAUUGGGAACCACUGACCUAAAAGUUGGGGCACAAAUACGACACUACGCAGGUAAACAAUUUUUAAAAGUUAGUGUUAAGGUUAGUGUUAGGGUUAGAGUUAGUGCUAUGGUUAGUGUUAAGGUUAGUGUUAGGUUUUGGGUUAGGUUUAGAGUUAGUGCUAGGGUUAGUGUUAGGUUUAGGGUUAGGUUUAGGGUUAGGUUUAGAGUUAGUGCUAGGGUUAGGGUUAGGGUUAGGUUUAGGGUUAGGGUUAGGGCUAGUACUAUCGGUGCAUUUUAAGUGGUCAAUUAAAUUGUGUCUUAUCGACCAGACGCUCAUCUGGGCCCUCGACAGAUUGACAGCUUUAACAUUUUCUUAUAUAUGUAUAUAUAUCAAUGUGCAUUAGUUAGUAAGUUAGUUGAUGUUUUCUUUAAUUCUGUCCUCGCAACUAUUGGACCUAUGGAGCUGACAUUUCUGCAAUAGUUCUAUAGUACUCUAGAAAUAACAUUUGGUUCAAGAUUUUAAUUGUACUAAGGAUAUUUAUGAUAAGGUCUAUAAAGAGCCCCCCCCCCCCUUUUCCCCUCUUUCAGCGAUUAUUUCUACACCUUAUGGACCGAGACUUUUGAAAGGGGCCUCUCAAUUUAUUUACAAUAAUUCUUGAACAUUAUUUAAUGGCUUUUGAUAUAGCUCUUUCUGAGACAACUUAUGGAAAGACCUGAAGAUUUUAAAUAUGACCUUAAAUGUUUCUUGGAGGAAACGAAAAAGGUUUGACCUUUAUGGGAUGAAUAGAACAUUAUCUUUGGGACUGGACUCUAACUGAGACCCUUGUGACAUCACAUGGGCCGGUCUGUUACGUUAGACCUGUGUCAAUGUCAUCCCGAGUAAAGACGGGUCUAGCAGCUAGUCAUUCCGAGUAAAGCCGGGUCUAGCGCUUAGUCAUCCCGAGUAAAGCCGGGUCUAGCAGCUAGUCAUCCCGAGUAAAGCCGGGUCUAGCAGCUAGUCAUCCCGAGUACAGCCGGGUCUAGCAGCUAGUCAUCCCGAGUAAAGCCGGAUCUAGCAGCUAGUCAUCUCGAGUAAAGCCGUAUCUAGCAGCUAGUCAUCCCGAGUAAAGCCGGGUCUAGCAGCUAGUCAUCAUGAGUAAAGCCGGGUCUAGCAGCUAGUCAUCAUGAGUAAAGCCGGGUCUAGCAGCUAGUCAUCAUGAGUAAAGCCGGGUCUAGCAGCUAGUCAUCAUGAGUAAAGCCGGGUCUAGCAGCUAGUCAUCCCGGGUAAAGCCGGGUCUAGCAGCUAUUCAUCCCGGGUAAAGCCGGGUCUAGCAGCUAGUCAUCCCGAGUAAAGCCGGGUCUAGCAGCUAGUCAUUACAUUUUUGUGGACAUCGUUAUUUAAUAUUUAUUUUCUUUAUUACGUUUAAUGGCAUGCAUCCCGCCAAAAAUUGUCCCAUGAUCUAAAUGGCCCGCCAAAAAUUGUCCCAUGAUCUAAAUGGCCCGCCAAAAAUUGACUCAGGAUCUAAAUGGCCCGCCAAAAAUUGACUCAUGAUCUAAAUGGCCCGCCAAAAGUUGAGGCAUGAUCUAAAUGGCCCGCCAAAUAUUGACUCAUGAUCUAAAUGGCCCGCCAAAAAUUGACUCAGGAUCUAAAUGGCCCGCCAAAAGUUGAGGCAUGAUCUAAUUGGCCCGCCAAAAGUUGACUCAUGAUCUAAAUGGCCCGCCAAAAGUUGACUCAUGAUCUAAAUGGCCCGCCUAAAGUUGAGUCAUGAUCUAAAUGGCCCGCCAAAAGUUGACUCAGGAUCUAAAUGGCCCGCCAAAAGUUGACUCAUGAUCUAAAUGGCCCGCCAAAAGUUGAGGCAUGAUCUAAAUGGCCCGCCAAAAGUUGACUCAGGAUCUAAAUGGCCCGCCAAAAGUUGACUCAGGAUCUAAAUGGCACGCCAAAAGUUGAGGCAUGAUCUAAAUGGCCCGCCAAAAGUUGACUCAGGAUCUAAAUGGCCCGCCCAAAGUUGACUCAUGAUCUAAAUGGCCCGCCAAAAGUUGAGGCAUGAUCUAAAUGGCCCGCCAAAAGUUGACUCAGGAUCUAAAUGGCCCGCCCAAAGUUGACUCAUGAUCUAAAUGGCCCGCCCAAAGUUGACUCAUGAUGUAAAUGUCCCGCUAAAAGUUGACUCAUGAUCUAAAUGGCUAGCCAAGUGUUGACUUCAAUUAAAGAGGCCCGCCAACAAUUGACUCAUGAUCCAAGUUGACCUUGUAGCCAAUUGGUUUGGUCAACCCUGUGUUAGUUUCAGACCAAGGUCCACCCAAAUGACAAACGCCAAACACAAGUUUCCAAUGCAGGUCGAAUGUCGGUCAUUGCCCUCUACAUCUCCUUCACAGGUAAUCAAAAGGUACGAUGCUUACAAUCCUUACAGUCAGGUGUACCAGGUGCAGACCUACGUCCUGGGAUUUGAGAAGCCACAUGACUCGUUGACUGACAGGUGCCACGCCACCGCUCACUUAGCAUUGGACAUUUUAAAGGUGUCUGUGUUGGUGUGUCUGGUUUAAUGUGUCUGAGAAGAAUCGUCUGUGUUGAUGUGUCAGCGUUGAUGUGUCUUUGUUGAUGUGUCAGCAUUGAUGAGUCUGUGCUGAUUUGACAGCGUUGAUGUGUCUUUGUUGAUGUUUCAGCGUUGAUGUGUCUGUGUUGAUGUGUCAGCGUUGAUGUGUCUGUGUCGAUUCGUCAUCGCUGAUGUUGAUGUGUCUGGUUGAUGCAUCUAUAUUAACUUAAUGUGUACACGAGCAGAUGUGUGUAGAUGAUGUGUACACGAGCAGAUGUGUGUAGAUGAUGUGUACACGAGCAGAUGUGUGUAGAUGAUGUGUACACGAGCAGAUGUGUUUAGAUGAUGUGUACACGAGCAGAUGUGUGUAGAUGAUGUGUAUAGACUGAUCUAUACAGAGAUUAAAGCUCUAUCUUUAAAUCAAUACAAAGAUAGUGACUAGUAUCGAUUAGUUAAAACAGAGAUAAUUAUUAUCAAUUAUUCCUCAGAAGUGCUUUGACUGGUAUCGAUUACCUAAAACUUGGUUUAUCACUGGUAUUGAUUAUUUAAAUCCUGGUUGUGACUGGUAUCGAUUAUUUCAUACCUAGGUUGUGACUGGUAUCUGUUAUUUACUAAUAAUUUGUGACUGGUAUCGAUUCUUUCAUACCUAGGUUGUGACUGGUAUCAGUUAUUUAAUAAUAAUUUGUGACUGCUUUCGAUUACUUAAUGACUAGGUUGUGACUGGUAUCGGUUAUUUAACACCUAGGUUGUGAAUGGCAUCUGUGAUACCAACAGUCCCAAGUCACCUGUACAGGUGCGCCUCAGCGCCCACGUCGGGUCGGUGGCCACAGGAACCAUCGGGGUGACGUCACCCCGGUUUGUGCUUGACGGUGCUGGCAUCAAUGCGGGUCGAGCCCUGCUCGCGUGCUCUGACGUCAACGUGGUCAAAAUCUCGCGAGGACUGUACAGUCAAAUUGAGAAGAAUCCAGACUUUACAUUUUCAUCUAAAGACUCUGAGUGGAUAACGUGUAAUGUAAGUGAUGGAUAACUUGUAAGUGAUGGAUAACUUGUAAGUGAUGGAUAAUUUGUUAUGAACGUUUAUGGGUAACUUAUAAUCUAAGUGAAGGAUAAAAUGUAAUGUAAGAGAUGAGUAAAUUGUAAUGUAAGUGAUGUUCUUUAUCUAUCUACACAUCAUAACAUUACAAAUUAUGUUUUUUGCCUCCUCCCUAUUUAAUACCUGUAAGACGAAUAUUUCACACGGAAUAGAUUUUAUUUAACUGUAUUGACCUUUAUCGCAUAGGAAAUAUAUAUUACUUAACUGUAUUGACCUAUAACUAACAUGAAAUAUAUAUUAUUUACCUGAAAUUACCUAUAUCUCGCAGGAAUAAAUAUCACUUAAUAUCUGUAUUAACCUAUAUCCCACAGGGAAUAGUUAUCACUUACAUGUAUUGACCUAUAUCUCACAGGGAAUAGUUAUCACUUACCUGUAUUGACCUAUAUCUCACAGGGAAUAGUUAUCACUUACCUGUAUUGACCUAUAUCUCACAGGGAAUAGUUAUCACUUACCUGUAUUGACCUAUAUCUCACAGGGAAUAGAUAUCGAGGCGUUCGUUUUGACAGGGAGACACAACGAGAAUUUCCAGAUCUCCUCCGACACGUCAGUUGAUUCGGGUGUCUACGGUGACCUGUCACCCAUCAAAUCAGCCCUGCCUGUGACUACAGGUAAACACAAUGACCUGUCAACUUUCUCAUAAGUCCAACCUAUGACUGCAGGUAAACACAAUGACCUGUCAACUUUCUCAUAAGUCCCACCUAUGACUGCAGGUAUAUACGAUGACCUAUCACAUUCCGAAUCAUCCCACCACAUGACAGCAUGUAACUCAUAGGUUCCGUGUAGUACUGGGAGAUUGCUGAAAAUCUCAACUCCUGUGUUCAUUAAUAAGACAAUUUGAUUCCAUUAUUCAGAAGUCAUGACGAGAUGUUGAUACACACUGAAUGUGUAUUCCUAUUUAUUGAUGUAGUGGACACAUCAGAUUAGUAUCCCCUUUAACACAGUAGAUUAGUCUCUCCUUUAACACAGUAGAUUAGCUCCCCUUUAACACAGUAGAUUAGUCUCCCCUCUAAAGCUUACAAAAAUUGAACACAUUACAAAAGUGUUAACAAAGUUCCAAAUAGUUUUGACAGCUUAUGACGUCAUAUUAAUCUCUAAAUUUAAUUUAGGUUUUUUUAUUGAAACUGUGAAGAGAAUUAGAAGCUAUCUGAAGCUGAUUACGGAAUAGGUAGUACUGAAACUCUAUUCCAGGUGGAAGGGUUGGUCUUUUUGGUGGUAUCUGAGGGUAUGUCUGCGAUUAUUUCUUCGUAUCGUGAUAGCAAGUUGUAGAACAUGAUCCAAAGUCUGCUUGGUCUAUCCCAGUGGUUCUCAACCUAUGGGUUGCGACCCCUUUGGGGAUCGUGCGACCCUUUCCAAGGGGUCCUCUUAGACCACCUGAAAAUGCAUAUCCUUACAGCUAUGAAGUAGCAACGAAAAUAAUUGUGUGGCUGGAAGUCGCUACGACACGAGUAACUUUAUGUAAGGUUCGCAGCACCAGGAAGGUUGAGAACCACUGGUGUAUCCUUAUUCAACGUCUGCUUGGUGUAUCCGUAUUCAAAGCUUUUAAAUUGUUCAUAAACUCCGUUUAUAUUUAAAAGCCAAUUUGAUUUUCUCAUCUUCAGCUCAAACAAGGUCAAUGUUUGCCACCAAGAUGGAGCAGGCCAAGACAUUUCUGCCGUCCAGAACUGAAAGGAGGUCAGAGAAAUCGGCAUCAUUCUCAACGACGGACGAGCUGCAGACCACGAGGCCCCGCAGGUCAAAGGUCAACGGUCGUGAAAGCAAACGCCAACGCGCCACAACGUGUGACCAUCGUCUGAAAGGUCCCAGCAUGCCACCUGUCACUGAGUUCCGGACAGCUCAUCUUCCCUCACAUCCGUUAUCAAGAAUAUCCGAGCAGAGUGACGACUCUGACACGACGGGCUCAGGAAUAGGUCCACCUCAAGCAAAGACCGGAAGUUCAGAGACUUCCGGUGUGGUCCACACAUUGCCGCACAGGCUAGACGUUCAAAUCGGUCCACCUAGCUCAACAGUCCACACCAGAAGACAUCACAGGCAUCAAAGACAUCACUCACCAGAGAUCUCGUCAGUUCCGUUUAAGAAUUCACAUACAACUGUUCAUAGAGAUUUCAUCCCAGAGAUGUCGCAUGGUCCUACCAAACACAAAACUUCGCAUUUGAGCAAGAGAACUAUCACUCGGUCCCGCUCGGCAGAUGCAAGGCGCAAUGUUAGCGACAGUAGCUGCAGCGAUGAAGACUUGGACCGGAAAGGUUCUGGUUUAAAAAAUAAAACUUUGAAGUCUGCUAAACCCAAACGAAGAAGAAGCCAUAGUCAGGAACCAGAAAGAGAGGCAAAGCGUCAUGCUAUGCGAAGAGCGUCGUUAGGAAGUGACGUCAUUGUUCAGGACUUUAUUGCAUUAGAUGAAGGUCAUGGGAGGUUUAGAACACCAAAGAAAGGAAAUAAAGUUUAUCCUAUGUGAAACAAAGCACC